AAGAACGAAAGUUCUUUUCCUGCUCAGCAGUUUCAGAAUUUUGAAAGCAAGUUGUCCUCGAGUGCAGAAGAAUUGAAACGAAAAUCGCUGAAAAGUGAAAUAGAAAGGGCUCCAGUAAAGGUGGAGAAAGACUGUGAAGAGUCUCAGAAAAUCAUGGUAAAAAGGAAAGAAGACGAGUUAGCCCGUCUGGAUGAAAAGAUAAAUUCAUUAAAAGAUGGCAGCGAAAAAUUUAUUAGCAUUUGUAGAAGUUUCAAGACCAAGAUUAGUGAAGAAAUGAGUGAUGGUUUUACACAUGAUGUCAUUGAAAGGUUUCUGAAGGACAUCGCAAGCGGCACUUUGUCGGAGCAAGAAGCUUUCAAGAGCCUGUGCGACACAGUGAAUGAUAAGAUGAAACAUGCGAUCGCCAAAGUAACGACAAAUGCAAAUGAAGAGUUUAAGCAGUGGGAUAAUUUGAUGGCAAAUUUUUCAAAUUUAAGCAAAAGCAAGUUUUCUGCAAUUGAAUCUCAAGCUUCCCAGCUUAACAUCCCAUGCGAAUUGCCUGACGACAAGUACAACCCCUGGAAGGAUCCAUGGAGCUACUUCACAGGCAAUUUCCCGAAAGUUGUGGGGUUAAUUGCCGUAGCUGUAGCUGGUGGAGGGCUUGGUAUGUUUUAAAGCACCUGGAGCUAAAUUGUUAUGCAGUGCAAAAGUAUUAUUUUAUCGAAUUUUAUGUUACAACUAGUGAUAGCUGCCGGUGAAACUCGUGCCCCUGCUAAUUAUUACAUAGAGCACCUGAUGUCAUAAAUGCAGGUCGUACUAUUUUGAUGAAAAGCAAAAUUUUGAGUAAAUACCAAACACUAACAAAUGAUACCAGAGGUAACAUUAUAAUUAGCACUAAAUAUUCUUGCAAUUUUCUAAUAGAAUAACUGCAUAACAAAUUCACCACUUUGUGUUCGAGAAUUCAAACGCCGCAAUUUGAGAUCUUCUAAUUUCAUUUGCAGGAUUCAUUGCGGCGGAGGCGACUUUAAGUGGGCUGUUGUUCAGUGGCCUUGGAGGAACCGGGGGCGGAGCGGCUGGAUUUGGGGCUGGCUUUAGUCUCGAUAAAAUUGUUAAGAAGUUCUGGCCAAUCAGUAGACGGAAGCUAAACAGCUGGAAAAUAUACCUUGAAGAACAAUUGAAGAAAUCGAGGGAAGACAACAUGAAGUUUAUCGACAAUAAAAUUCAAGAAAUCGAGGGGCUGAAGAAGCGUGAGUUAGGCAAUGCUGAGUCCAAGUUUCAGCGAGAAAAGGAUGAGCUGAACGAUGAAAAACACCCUCUAAAUCAGCGGAGCAAUGAACUUGAAAUGGUGCUUUUAAACUAUUACAUAAGAAUUUUUUCUUAA